CUGGCGGUUGUGGGUUUGAACCUCACACACAGUGAUCAGAACCCAAUAGAUCUCAGUCUCAAACGAGACACAUAAAAGAAGUAAAAACACUUGUGACACCUCACCAUCCAGGCAUGUUUAAAGUAGUUAUACAUCUGGUAGACCUCAGGCUCUGACAGUCCUUUCAACCAAUGCUCCCACUCACCUGCCACACCCAUCAUCUGUUGCCAUGGAGGUGGGAGGCCUGCAGGUGCUCCCCCCUGAUAAGGUCAUCUUCAGUGAACACCUUUAUGACAAGCUCAACAGCAAAUUCAAAAAGAUAAAGGUGGACCUAACACAAACUUGUGCGUCUGAUGGAGGAAAAGUGUUCCGGCUGGUUGUGCAAGAUGGAAAGAGUCGGCCGAGGCUGCGGUUGGAGUUCACAGAGCAGGAAUUAUGUCUUGUACGCCUGGAGGAGGUCCAGGAUCAUGUGAAAGAGACGUCAUGCUUCCCGUGCCUCACUCGUAACUACUUCCCGGUCCUUACAUACUCCCGCCUCCUCAUUUUGCUCUAUUGUGUGCCAGAAAAUGGGGAUGAGGCUCAGUGCAUCAAGAUCCCGUUUCUGCAGCCAGGCAACGUGCACGCCACCACCUCGCUCCAGCGACUCAACAGGUGCAUCCUGGAAAACAUUGUCAGGCCAGAUGAGUUGAAGCACUGGCAGGUGACGGUGGUUCAGUGUGGUUCACUGUCUCCUGGCCAGCUUGUGUUCCUCUGUCUGAGCAAGUAUGCAUUCUCUGUCGUGCUCAACGUCCACAUCCUCCACCAUCAUCCGUUUAACACAAGUCCCACCACUUUGACAACCAACCCUGAUGCGCACACCCUCGAGAUCUCGGUGCAGGAGAGGGCGCCAAAUGAGGAAUCUGGCAACUUCUCCUUGACGCGGAAGUAUGUAUUUCAAUCCCCUCAUUGGCAGUCAAUGGAGAAAAGCUUUAAGGACCUGAUUUGCAAAUCCCAGCACAUCUCCCAGAAACCCAGUGCUCAUUUCAACAUCCUACACAGCGAGCAGAGUGCCUCCUUCACCCCUGGCACAACCUCCGACAGCAUCAUGAUUAUUCCACACUCCUUCGAGAACAACAACACAAGCUCAUCUAGCAGUAAUGGGCACAUGCCUGGCCACAUACCAGGUCUCACACCAGGCCCUAAAGGAUGUGGCACAAAUUUUGAUGCUCUUCCAACACCUCAUUUGAGGAUUCAUGCUGCCAGUAAUGGCAGUGCCUGUAAGAGUGAUAGUUCUGCUGUUGUAGUGCUGGAAAAUCAUGACUCCGAACAUUUUAUUGCUCGCGGUCCAAACCUUGUGUUUGAUGUUCAUCAAAGUGCAAGUGAUAAGUUAGAUAAUGCUGUGAAAGAAAAUAUAAAUGAAACUGUGCCAAGAAAAGCAAAUCCCCCUAAAGACCUUUCAUUAAAAACACCUCAACAACAUUCCACUAAAGUGGAGACAAAACGAUUCAGUGAUUCCACAUUAAGUCCUCAAAAGUCUAUUUCUCCUGGAACUAACUUGUCUUUCUCAGGUGCUGAGCUGCUUGUAGAAGACUUUUUUGAUCCUCACCCGUCAUUCCUUGCCGAGGCAGAGGCUACCAAGAUACCUCUCCCUGCUCCUUGCAUGUCUUUGUCAGCUCCACAUGCGGACUUCCCCGACUUCAGGCUGAGGAUCUCGGAGGAGAUAUCUGACCCAAAUGAUGACCAUUCUGACCUUUCCUUACAUGAUAGUGAUGUUGACACACACUUAAAACUUGCAGGGCAGGAUGGAGGGGAGACACUCCCCAAAUUUCCGGCCACGCCACCACCUCCCCGCCGCAAACCCCUGCUUCGUUCUCAGAGCUUUAUAAAACUAUCCAGUGAAGAAUGGAGUCACUUUUAUGUGAACAUGGCUCAAGAGCUCUCCGCGAGAAGCAGUAUACAUGAUGAUUCAAUUUUCCAGUAUUAUCGUUUCUACUACAAUCUUGGCAUUGUACGCAUCACUUCAGGGCGCAUGAGUAAAAAAAUUAUUAGAAGGAAGAGACUGAGUUCUGAGAUACCUCAGCUGGAUUUUAACAAGUUGGAAAACCAUGAAAACUGGUAUGACCGUGACUAUAAAGAAAGAAGCAAGGAUAUCACAUUUUGCAGGUUGAUGAACAUUCCUCCAGAAUCGGAUGAACCACCUCCCCCACCCCCUCACCCCAAUGCACAACAAGAUGAUGACCCAUAUUGGACAAAAAGCACGCUCUGUGUGACAUUACAGCAGAUACUGCAGGAGGCGCAGGACCAGCUGGCCGUGUUUGAUGAGAUACGCCAGGCUCUUGACCUCACCCCAGAGCAGCUGAUGCAGGUUCAGACACUCCUCUCACUCCUACCCGCACACAGCAACUGGCGCACACUUGCCGAGUAUAUAGGUUUGUCGAGUAUAGACACGAGCAUCAUUGAGCACUUCUGCUUCACCUAUCGGGAGCUGGCGGCCAAGGUUGUGUUUGCCCACUGGAUGCGGGAGAGUCAUCGUCCAGACUAUGUGUCGAUUCCCUGCUGCUGGGAGAGCCUGGCCACGUUUGCAGGGCAACACGACCGGGAGGACGUGCUCAAAGUGAUUAGACAGACAGAGGUGAACCCGGUGGCAGACGAGGAUAUGAUCACACACCUGUAGGGCCAUGUGGGGUAUGAGACAGACACUGACUCGCUUGUAGGGUCUGAGGAAGGGUGAUGGGGAGAAGCGAACACGAAGGCAUGAGUGUAGCUUGAGCAAAUGAGAUGUACAGAACCACCCUGCGGUGCAGUGCUCCAUGAGAAGGUGUUUUUAUAGUGUGAAAGUCGAUGCCUAUAAUGCCAUAUGGAACUACACCAGUUGGUUAUACAUACAAUUUGUUUUUGAACACCCAAUAAUGCAUUUUUGUUAUAAUAUGAAAACUAAUAUUUAUGUAGUGAACAGUGAUUAAUAGAGAUAAUUUUAGUGUCAUCACCUGUUUCAAAGUUUGCUGGAACCACAUCAUGACCACUGUGUAUUCGACUUAAAACUUAGUGUUUGUUGAUUGGCCAAAUGUUUUAUAAGGGUAUAUUGUAUGUCGUUCUCAUGUUUGAGCCUUAAUGGUUCAACAGAUCUUCAUGCUGGUCAUUGUAGUCUGUCUAUUUAGGCUGCUUACAAACAUGCGCCCUAUGCAGCAUCAGAACAUAUAAUGCUUAACCUUUUAUGCUAAAUAUCCACUUUAAGUCUGAUUAACUGUCUGUUGUAGAUCUGAUAUAUUUUACAUUCUUCUUUUUACAAUCAUAACUGAACAUAUAUAUACCUGUGUUGAACAUUAUAGAUAGUUUUAGAUACAGAUUCAGUUUUAAUUGUUGUGACUAUUGAUCUUGUAGGUGUAUAUACAUGUAGUCUUAUCUUGCUCAAAAGAGUAUGACAUUUUAUCAAAUAAUCAGUAUAUUUAUACGAGAAAAACAUGUUGUCAAUAACUAGAAUACUUACAGAUAUGUAUGCAUGACAUAUGUACAGAAUUUGUAAUAUGAGACAUGUUUUGACUGAACUUUGUAUGGUGAUUUGGCAUUUUUGAUCAUUGGAGUCUUACUUAAACAAUUCAAACAGCUUAAUAAUCAGUUAAGUUAUUAAAAUAAUUUAUUUCUGUUCUCUGUUCAACAAAUUAAGUGCAAAUGUUUGGGGUGAAAUGUCUCUUGACUCUGUUGUAAUUACACUGUUGUUGAUGUAGGCUGGGAACAUGACACACGAUUUCAAUUUAUAGCAUUCUGUAUUCUAGGCAGUUUGCCAGUUUUUGUUUACUUAUCUAUUGUUAAAGCACACGUCACUUGUUUUAAUUAUUUAAGCACAUGUUAUAUUAAUUAAAAUGAUUUAAAUUUUAAGUGACAUUAAUGAUAUGUUAGUUGCCAUAUUUGGCCACUGCUAAUUAUACCUUGCUUCAUGUGCUUUAUAUUGCUGUUGUAGGCUGAUACAAGGAAUUGUUGACUGUUUCAUAUAAUCAGUACUUAAAAUUAUAGAUUUUUUCCCAUGAAUAAGGUCAAUUGAAACGCUCUUUGAAUUUGUUUGUUAAAGAUUAUAAAAGAAAUAAAGACAAUGGAAGAGGGGUAAUAAAUGGCCUUUGGCUAAAUACUGGAUAUGGGGCAAGGAUUUAUGGGCAGACAACAAACAGUAUUUCAUGUGGAUAUAGUAAAAUUAAUGUGCUUUUUAUUUUCAUUUUUAUUUUAUGACAUAUUUAACCUUAGUGAGAGCCCCAUGAUUAACCAUGACGUAAAAAUGCUUGACAUCUGUGCUAACACCUAGAAGCACUUGAGGAUUGCACACUUGGACAGACUUCAAUCCAUGUUCUAUACCAUUUCAACAACAGUUUAAAGAUAGUUUUGUCGCUCACAAAGAGUGUUUUAAAGCCAAAGCAGUUUCAAUCUAUAUCAAAGGAAACAAGUUUUAUGCAAGGUGUAUUUUAUUUGGCAAGGUGAUAUGUCAUAUUGAAGUAAGAUUGUGAUGUUUGUGAUGUUUUGUAACUGUACUUUGUUUCACACCGGCAUGCACUGAAGAUCUUACCAUCUCUAUAUAGGGACUGCUUAGCACCUGCAGUAUAUUUUAUAGAACUGAAAUUGUUUUCACACACAUAUGUAUAAGACCAUAUGUCAUCCUAACUAUAUUUUAAUAUCAUAUAAACACCUCCAAAUGAGCCAUAACCUGUACACAGAUAUGACAUAUGUAGUCAUGCAUGUAAUACAUACCUUGUAGCUCGUCAAAAGUUUGAGAUAUUGCCAUGACCUUGGUGUCCGCAGUAACUGGAGUCAUUUUCCAGUAGCUGUUUAAGAUAUUCAAUACAAAAUCAGAACACAUGUUACCAAUGUCAAUGCAUGAGUUGGAAGGGGCAUAAGUCUGGCUUCAACAAUUGUUGGGUUAUGCCCCUUGCUUGACUGAGAUAUAAGGAAGAGUAAUGACUCCCAUUCGCAGUGCUCUCCUUUACUGAAUCCCUACAAUGCAGCUGACCUUUAGUUAGUUUAUACUAAUUUUUUAGUUUUAGUUCGAUUGUGAAGGAAGCUGACAGCUUGUAGAUUUACACUAUAGUCUGUUACCUGUGGUGUCCAUUUUGAAAUACCCUGAGAAGGUACCCCUAGGAGAGUAUCGAACCCACAACUUUUGGGUAGAACACUCUUACCCAUGAAUAAAUACCUUGCCUUAGCUUUGUCAUAUCAUUUUUACUUGAUCAUUAAUCAUUUUAGAUGACCUUUUACAUGUUAGCAUAAUAUUUUAUUUAUACAAAUGUACGCAUUUUAAACGUCUGGGUUGUUAAUCGUGUGCUGAAUUUAUAAUUUUAUAUUUGUUGAGAUCUGUUUUCCUAUAUUUGUUAAUACUCUAUGUCGAGGUUUUCUAAAAAAAUAUUUCCACCUA